GCCGCCGCCUCGCGCGCUCCGGCCGCCCCGGCCGCACCGGCCGCCUAGCCGCGGGCAGGUGUACCCGACAAGACAGAUCUAUAGUUUUGUGUGACUGGAAGUGAUAACCGCUGAAAAAAGUUUCAAAUAAAAAUAUUACAAAGGAUUUUAAUAAUAUUAAAGGUUCAUAAUUAAAGGCACAUAGUAUUAGUUGUAACACUAUAUGUUAAGAGUAGUGCAGUUCGCGAGUGAUGAGUGUGGUGACAUGAAGUCCUUGGAGCUGGUUUAGAGGAGCGGGCCGCCUUGGUGUUCCGCAACUGUAGAUGUGCAGCCUGGCAGCGCUGGCGCGCGGCUGCCGGCCCGCCGCCAAGCCGUGCUGCCUCUGCUGGUGCUGCUGCUGCUCCUGCUCCUGGGCCAAGUGUGUGUGUGCGCGCAGGUUGGCGGCGCGUAGUUCCGAGGGCGGGCCCGGGAAGAAGCCGCGCGACGCCGGACCGCACGAGCCGCUGCUGCUCGACGGAGACGCGCCACCCACACUAGAAGAGAUUCAGAGCUGGGGUCAAUCUUUCGAUCGCCUCAUGCGUAGCGCAGCGGGCCGCAAAGUGUUCCGCGACUUCCUCCGCGGCGAGUACUCGGAGGAGAACAUCAUGUUCUGGCUCGCGUGUGAGGAGCUCAAGCGUGAGACCGACCCGGACGCCGUCGAAGAGAAGGCGCGCUUCAUCUACGAGGACUACAUUUCUAUACUUUCACCGAAGGAGGUAUCACUCGACUCACGCGUGCGCGAAACCGUCAACCGCAACAUGGUGGAGCCGACGCCGCACACGUUCGACGAGGCGCAGCUGCAGAUCUACACGCUGAUGCACCGCGACUCGUACCCGCGCUUCGUCAACUCGCCGCUGUACAAGACGCUGGCGCGCAUGUCGGCGGGCUCGCCCGGCGCCGCGUCCCCCGCGCCCGCCGCGCCCGCGCCGCCCGCGCCGCCCGCGCCGCCCGCCGACAAGUGACGGCGCCGCCUCGUGCGGGACCCACACCGCGCGUCUUCUAUUGUGUAAAUAGCCUCGGUAUAUAAUAAUAUAAUUAAACGGGUACUAAUUUUGUACAUAGGUAGGUUAAGCGUAAGAGUAGGUGAGGCGCGCGCGGCCUAAGCCGCGGCAACUUCGCUGGUCCACCGCCGCCUGCGCCCCGCUCUCCGACCCGUCGUACCCCUGCCCCUCCCCUCCCUCCCCUCCCAUCCUGUCCGCGGCUCCUCGUCCUCGCCUCUUGCCCGACGCCCUCUGGACCGUCGUCCCUCCUCCCGUCCCGGUACCGCACGGCGCUAAGAAGCGUCUUUUAGUUAGAAGCAAUAAAGGUGGACCAAUUAAGUUUGCCAGAGAGUCAACGAAUAAAUCUGUUCAUGUAAA